AUGGGACUCACAUCAACAACUAAUGUGUCAACGGAUAAUGAUGGUAUUAAUAAUAUUGAUCCUCUUAUCGAACCAUUAAUCGAUGCAGAUGAAUUAAUAGCAACAAUUGACAAUGAUGAAACACUUCAUCGAUUUGAACAAAAAUGUUUAUCAAUUCUCACACUUCAUUCACCUAAAGAAAACCGAAUAACACCACCGUCUGGAGUUAUUAGUCGAUGCACUGGCAUCAUUUAUGCACUUAUUGGUGCAUGUUUUUUCACAUAUUUAACAACAUGUCGGUAUACACAAGUUAUUUGGACAGCUAUAUUAGCGAUGAUUAUUUUUCGUGAACGUAUAUCAAUGUCAAUUAUUUUAGCUAUUAUAUUAACACUAAUCAGUGUUAUACUAGUUACUCCGCCAACAUUUUUAUUUGAUAAUCAUAAAUUAUUAUCAAAUACAAGUAAAAUAAUAAUCGUUAAAUCAAAUCAUACUAAUUUCGAAUCGAAUCACUCUUAUCGUUUACUUGAUCUUUGUCUUGCACUUGGAUGUGCUCUGUCAAUAUUAUUUAUUAUUUUUACUUAUCCUAUUCUUAAUCAUGUAUAUAAUCGUUCUAUUCUAUAUAAAUAUGUUAAUCAUACGAUGUUUACGUGGCAAUUUUUUCUUGCUGCAUCUGUUUCAUCAAUGCAAGUAUUUUCAUCAACAUUAAUACAAUAA